CCGCGCUCCACUCUGCAGCUAGCUAGCUUCCCCUGCUCCUCCGUCCAGGCUCCCUCCCGUCCCGUCCCGGCGGCGGCGCUCCAAUGGCCACCUUGUCCGCCGUCUCCGUGAAGGCCGGCGGCUUCGGCACGGCGACGGCGACCACCCCGAGCUGGAAGGGAAGCAGGGUUUCAGGCCGGAGCCUCAUCUCCAUGGCCAUGGGGGCGACGAGAAGCCGCCUCGUCUCCCUACGAGCACCGCGCUUCCGCGUCUACGCGGCCAAGGCGGAGACGGUGAGCAAGGUGAUGGACAUCGUGAAGCAGCAGCUGGCGCUGGGCGCGGACGCGGCGGCGGCGCUGACGCCCGAGUCCAAGUUCACGGACCUCGGCGCCGACUCGCUGGACACCGUGGAGAUCGUCAUGGCGCUCGAGGAGGAGUUCAAGAUCACCGUCGAGGAGGACAACGCCCAGAACAUCACCACCAUCCAGGAGGCAGCAGACCUCAUCGACAAGCUUGUCGGCUGAUCUUUUCAUUUUUUUUUGGUUGGAAGAAUGAAUGAAUGUUGUUGCCAGGAUCGAUUUUCUUCUUCUUCGGUUGUUGCUUGCUCCUCCUUUCCAGCCUAGCGUACGUCUUUAUUUUAUUUGUUUGACCUCCGAUCCCCAGCUCUUGUUUCCGCGAACUUUUAGCUGCACGUGAUGUGAGUGCGUCUUUUUGAUGUA